UUCCCCCUCUCCCCGCCGUCACACAGCGACGGCGAUGUUUUGGUGAAAAAAAACGGGGGAAAUACAGCGUCGAAAAGGGGCCGUGGAGGCGUUUUAAAACAUGCCACCUCGGCCGAGAGGGACGUAGAAGAAAGCGGCGCCGCGGGGGGAGCCGACGCACGCCCUUCCCCGCGGAAGGUUUCGCUUGUUUAAUCCGCGUAUAUCCCUCCGCAUGUCCGCGUCCAUCCGCAGAUAGUCCGCAGCGAGCACCGUUGUCCCAACGGGAACACGACGAGUUUUUUCGACGAUUAACAUGAAGGAGAUGAUCGGAGGGUGCUGUGUGUGCUCCGAUGAGCGAGGCUGGGCGGAAAACCCACUCGUUUACUGCGACGGACACGGCUGCAACGUGGCCGUGCACCAAGCCUGCUAUGGCAUCGUUCAAGUGCCCACUGGUCCUUGGUUCUGCAGAAAGUGCGAAUCUCAGGAGAGGGCAGCCCGUGUGAGAUGUGAGCUCUGUCCCCACAAAGAUGGCGCUCUCAAGAGGACAGACAACGGAGGCUGGGCUCAUGUGGUUUGUGCCCUUUACAUACCCGAGGUGGAGUUUGCAAACGUCUCAACUAUGGAGCCGAUAGUGCUCCAGUCUGUGCCACACGAGCGCUACAACAAGACUUGUUACAUCUGUGAAGACCAGGGCAGAGAGAGCAAAGCUGCCACAGGAGCCUGUAUGACCUGCAACAAACACGGCUGCAGGCAGGCAUUCCACGUCACAUGUGCCCAGUUUGCAGGGUUGUUAUGUGAGGAACAAGGCUCAGACGCAGAUAAUGUAAAAUACUGUGGCUAUUGCAAAUACCAUCACAGCAAAUUGCAGAGGCCUCCGUGUAGACGUAACAUACACAUAUUGAAACACAAGGAGCGGGACAGACAUAAACCGAAACACAAAAAAACUGUGAUGGACAUGUCGCCCUCGCUCGUCCUUCCAAACAUCAUGGUCCCAGACAAGACUUACAACAGCGGCAACUCGGGGGGAGGUGUCCCCUCCGUGCCGGCGUCCUCACAGAAGCGAUUGGACGACAACACGGCGCGCUUCACCACCGCCAACUUUCAGGAAGUGUCUGUUCUGUCUGGCGGCGGUUCCAAGGACGGCUUGGCCGCAGACGCGGGCAAGGCCGCGGCCGACGCUAAGAACAAGAAGAACUGCGGCGGGGCUCACGCGGUGGGACAGAGGGGCGGACGCAAGUCUCUCACCUCCUCAGGGAAACCCCUGUCCUCCGCUGUGGUCACCAUGGCGACCUCCUCUACAUCGGUCUCUGUUUCAACAGGGCCUUUCCAUCAAGGCCUGCUGUUGACCAGUGCCAGCAAGACUCUGUCCGCUCCUUCCUCUUCAGACUUCCUAAGUUUCUCAGAUUCAUCCUUGCGUCCCGGUGGUGGAACCACUUUCUCUUCCCCGCCAUCUUUCAGCAGCUGCCUUGUCAAACCGAGCUCAGAGGGCGGAGCGUCAGAGGGACCUGCGACUCUCUUUGGUUCUCUUAUGUCUGCUACUACAGCUUCUGCAGUGGGUGGAAAGUUGUACGAGAACUCCCACAGUCUCGCAUCGAGUGAGACAACAGGCCUCGUUGGCUCCACUGGUUUCAAACGGGCUCAGCCCUCCAGCUCAGCACUGGCAAUUGGCGGAGCCGCUCCGGGAGGAGGAGAAGAUGGAGUGAAGAAGAAAAAGAAGGGCAAUUGGCGAAACAGAUUUGGACCUUGCUUCACCACGGAUGUGAAGCCCGCUGAGCCGGCUCCAUCCCUGACUCUCCCAGCUUCCUCCACAGCCAGCACCUCCUCCUCCUCCACGGCCUCUACCUCCUCUUCUUCAUCUUCGUCGCUGUCAGGCCGCCCAGGUUUAGUUUCCAGCACUGGAUUAGGAGUGGGAAUGGGAGGAGGAGGAGACAGGGGCCUGGGGGUCAUGGGUGUCAGCAGUGGGAUUCAGAAGUCCCCGUCACUCCUCAGGAAUGGGAGCCUGCAAAACAGCAGCAGCUCCGCAACCACUGGAUCAGGUGUGUUCUCUGUGGCCGAUGGGUCGUCGUCGGGGACGGGAGCCGUUGCCGUGGGCGGACCAAGCUCCGAGUUGUCACAGCAACAGCAGCCCACACCUUCCCUAGCUCCUCCCUCUCCAUUCACGGCCACAGCACCACUUAACAGCACAGCCUCCGCGCACGUGAGUGGUCUGCCCGGCUCAGUCUUCAACCUGGCCCCCCCACACAUGUUUGGGAACAGGCUGAACCCCAACUCCACCAUGGCAGCGCUCAUCGCUCAGUCCGAGGCAUCACCAGCAGAUCAGGAGGUGGGAGAUGGCAGCAGCGGCAGCGUUGGAUCUCAGGGCUUCUCCAUAAGAGCUUCUCCCAAGACCACCCCUCGCUCUCCCAUUGGCGGCCUGCAGAUCCGCUAUGACUCUUCGGGGUCGUUGCCAGGGCCUGGGCUGGGGUUGCUAGGGUCUGGGGGGAGCGGUGGGGAGACGCUGCCCCCGGUGGCCACCACCAUCGAGCAGCUCCUGGAGCGGCAGUGGAACGAGGGCCAGAACUUCCUGCUGCAGCAGGGAGCCCAAGGAGACGUGGUGGGGAUGUUGAAGUCUCUCCACCAGCUGCAGGAGGAGAACAGGAGGCUGGAGGAGCAGAUUAAAACUCUGACCAUGAAGAAAGAAAGACUGCAGCUUCUCAGCGCUCAGUUAUCAGUGCCUUUCACUCCUACAACUGCUUCCUCUGAUGUGAAGGGAGCCCAUCUGGGAACUACUGACUUGUCUUUACCUGCCGCAGCUCAGGACAGUGCGUCAUGUGGAGGUCACAGCAGCGGCGGCUCCACCUCCUCCCUCUCCACCCCUCCUUCCAUCUCCCAGAGCCCGCCUCAGCCAGCAUUCAACGGGGUGGCCGUCGGGGCGACCGUAGCCGGGCUGGGUGGCGUGGCGGGAUUGAUGGGUGCUCUGGGGGCAGGAAACGCGCUGGGACUCGUCGGGGCGCUGAACGGUGUGAUCCAGACACCAGCCGGGACCGGCAGCCCUCACGCACACACUACGGGAACAGCUGCAGGCGUCACACUGCCCGUCAAUAACAGCUCUAAUAAGAACAGCUCUGCACGGCUGGGGCUGCUGUCGGAGCAGCAGAGACUCCUCCUGCAGCAGCAGCACCACCACCACCUCCAGCAGCUGCUGUCCUCGCAGCCGUCAGCGGAUCAGCAGCAGGUGUUGCUCUACCAACUGAUGCAGCAGCAGCAGGACCUCCAGCAGCUGCAGUCCCUCUCCUCCUCUGCCCAGAUUCCCUCCAUCCCACUGUCCUCCGCUCAGCUGCCCAUCAACAACCUGCUGCCCGGUGCCCAGAGCCAGGGCCAAGGCGCCAUCACUGCCAACCACUUCCUCCCGCUGCACCACGCGCACGCCGACACGCACGGCUCGGGGGCACAGAAGCCUCGGCUCGCUGAAAAGGCCGUGGGCGUCGGGGGGCAGGAGAAGACAUGACGGCAUAUGCGCUUUUGUUUUCUUUUGGUUUGGUUUUCUCUCUCUCUCAAAAUAAAUAUGCAGAUGUUUGG